AUGGCUGCGUUCAAGUGCUCAAUUUUUGUGUUGGUCAUCUCGUGCUGGGCUUUUAUCAGCACCAACGCAUUUAGUCAAUCGUGGGGUGAUAGAGUGAAACAGGAUACACUGGCGUGCUAUGGCGAUGUGCACUUGGCUUCUCAACCUGGUCAAAUACUGAAAAAAGUCAUAACUUGCAAUAUUCAAGAGCCAUAUCAACACAUCAGCUACAUCGAAGCUCGAGAUGUUGGACCCCUUGGCAAACAAAGUUUUCCUAAACUGGAAAUUGGUGGAAUCGGUUACGACACUUUGACCAUGGUGCUGACGAGUGAAAGGGGCCAACCUUUAGAUUUUGAUUUCCACGUCUAUUCAUUAGGGAAUCUGGGAGAUAUAUGUAAGAGGGGUAAAUAG